AUGAAAAUAUGGUAAUUCGAAACGACGGCAUUUUUACUGUGGUUGAUUAUUUUGGAAAUGGUACACAUUUUAGCAUGGAAGAGUAUGAGAAGAUGGAAUCGAGGAUGAAAGGCCCUGGUGAACAAGGUCAAGCUGUACGUCUUGAAGGACCUUUGAAGGACGCAGGGAAUAAGGCAAUGACGGAAUGGUUUAUGAAUCUUGUGGCAAGGUAAUGUGCUAGUCUGACAUAAUUCGCUGUAAUGUUGUUAUAUAAUGACUUUUUUAAUAUUAUACUAUGGUUUUACGGUAAAUUUAAUGACGUUUUUUUGAUUAUUUUGUGUUAAUGCUUAUUUUUAGUGACAAGGUUUCAUUGGACCGUUCUUUACGCGAUCAGCGUCACAAGGACUGCCGAGCUAUAGAGUACGACACUGAUUUACCAGCUGCUUCUGUAGUGAUAGUAUUUACUGAUGAAGCAUGGACACCGUUACUUAGAACGGUACAUUCGGUAUUUAAUCGUACACCUAAAAAGUUUUUGCAUCAAGUUGUGUUGGUUGAUGAUUUUAGUCAAAGGGGUAAAUUUUAAAAAUUUUUUAGGGUAAAAAUAUUUUGUGUUUUAUUAUAUUUGUAUGUACAAUCUUUUAGAUUGAUUUAUAUAUAAUAUUUAAUUUGAAUAUAAAAAUAUUUCAGAGGAUCUUCAUGGUAAACUUGAACAAUAUUUGACAAGAUUUGGAUCGAAAUUAAGAUUGGUCAGAGGGAAAGAAAGAUUAGGAUUGAUAAAGGCAAGAUCAACUGGUGCUAGAUACGCGACAGGACAAGUAUUUAUAUUCUUGGAUGCUCAUUGUGAAGCUUCUAAAGGAUGGCAAGUUGCAGACUAUUAUCUUUUAUUUCUGAAACAAUUGAAUUUUGACUAUUAUAUUUUAUACAGCACAUAAUUUAACUAACAUUGGAAGUUUCAGGAUAGAGCCUUUACUUCAACGUAUAAAAGACGCUCCUAACGCCUUCAUAAGUCCGAAUAUUGACUCAAUCAGUGCAGACGACAUGGAGUACCAAGGUGGCAGUGUUGGAGGUAUAGGAUCAUUUUGGUGGUCGUUGCACUACAAAAUGGAUGUUAUGCCAGAAAUCGAGAAGAAGCGAAGAAAAAAUCCACACGUAGACUAUGUACGGACCCCUACGAUGGCUGGAGGACUUUUUGCCGUACGGCGAGACACAUUUUUUAAUUUUGGAGCAUAUGACGAUCAGAUGGACAUAUGGGGCGGAGAGAAUUUGGAAAUUUCUUUCAGAGUAUGUCCAGUACUUUUGCUACAAAGCGUUUUGUGGAAAGAUUAAGACAGAGGUUUUGUAGGCAUGGAUGUGUGGAGGAUCAGUUGAAAUUAUUCCUUGUUCUCACGUUGGUCAUAUAAACCGUAAUGGACAUCCGUACAACAUGACUGGUAGAGGUGGUAACAAAGAUGUUCAUGGUACUAAUUCAAAAAGAUUGGCCGAAGUUUGGAUGGAUAAUUACAAAAAGUUUUAUUAUUUACAUCGGCAUGAACUAAAGGUACGAUUUUUACUUCAUAACUUUAUGAUUUUAAAGUACGUUUGGCUUUAAUAUAUAUAUAUACGGUUUGAUCUAAAUUCAUGUAAAGUUAUAGCUUUCAAAAUUUUUUUGUUUAGGACAAAGAUGUUGGCGAUUUAACAGAACGGAAAGCCAUCAGAAAUCGACUAAAGUGUAAAUCAUUCAAGUGGUAUCUUGAUAACGUAGCAAACGAGAAGUUCAUUCCAGAUGAAAAUGUCAAGGGUUACGGUAGAGUCAAAAAUCCUCAUACCGGAUUGUGUUUCGAUACGCUUCAGCGGAACGAAUUUAAACAUUCGAUCAUAUUGGGUAUUUUUCAUUGUCAAUAUCCGUCUAGUUCUGCGCAGGUACGUUUGAAAAAUAGUGUUACGAUUUUAAGAAAAAUAGUAUUGCAAUUUUAAGAAGCAUGUGUAUAAGUCGACGAAUUUUAUGUUACAGAUGUUUUCCUUGACUAAAGAUGGAAGUUUGAGACGUGAAACGGUCUGUUCAGAUGUUAUUAAUGAAGAUGGUAAACAGAAACUACAACUCUCUGAAUGUAAUAUCAACGGGAAUGGAAAAUCAUUUGAAUAUAAAGUAAGCAGGAAAUAAGUUUAAAAUUUUAGACUUACGUAUAGAUAUAAGUUUGUUUCGGUUAGUAUUAACAAAGGAUACAGUAUUAUAUUUACAGAAUGGCAUGUUGCGUUUAAAAACCAUAGACAAGUGCUUGUCAGUAUCAAAUGUUAACGCGGGCGAUGAUUUGGUAUUUGAAGAAUGUCAACAAGAAUCCAAACAUCAAAAAUUUGAGUUUGAGGCUCCUGAGUGGUAA